UAAUUAUUUAUAAGGUUGAAUUAGUAGAUCUAAAUAAGCUUGAAUUGAAAAUGAAAUGGUUCAUUGGUUACCUAAUUGGUUUGAUAUUUGUUUAAAUCAGAAUUGGUUCUAUAUACAUAGUAUAGUAGAUUAUUUCCAAUGCAGAAAAAGCUAUCGUUAUUAUAUUUUAGUUUGAGGGUGAGCUAUGCACUAGAGAAUAGGAGAAGAAUGUUUUAAAUACUGUAUUAGAACUAGGAAAAAUAGCUAAUUAGUGAGAGUAAGAGUAUGGGAACACAAGUCUUUCUUUAGGAAAUAAGGAAACAAUAGAAAGAAUGGAAAGUUAGGAGUAGAAAAGAUACAAUCUUUUUUUCUUACUAACACAUAUAAUCAGAGAUAUAUUAAAGGCCUUAAACUUUGAUGUAUAUCACUUGGGAUCUUGUUAAAAAUGCAGAUUCUUAGUGCUUCCUCUCCAUCUUCCCAGUUCCCCCAUUUUGAUUUUAUAGGUCUUUGGUGGGAUUUAGAUAUGUGCAUUUUUUUACUGAUGCCACAGUGAUUAUGAUGGAUGUGGUUGGUGAAUCCCCCAUUAACAAGUACUACCUUAUACGAUCUGAUUAUAUUUCUGAAACAUAUUUUUAAAAUCAAGGAAAAAUUUCCUUCAGCACAUUUGAAUCUUAGUUGGUUGCUAACAACUGUUAGCUAUUUGUAAUGUGCUAGUUUUAAAAACUUCAAAAUCCUUACAUAAAGAACUGCCUCUACCUCCUAGGAGUUUAUAUGAGAGGGCCAUUUAAUAUAGGCCUUUCUAGAUUGUUCAUCUCAUUACUGUGUGAGCAUAUGACAAGUUUGGAUAUUGGCUAAUUUUCCCUUUUUGUUUUGUUACUUCUGGGCCUUCCUCUUGGGCCCAUCUAAUUUGACAUGUCUUUUCUCUUUCCUAUAUACUACACUCUUGUCUUGGCCAAUUGCUGGACAUGACAUCAGCCUGACUGCAGUUCCACAGUGCAGGAAGCAUCUGUCUUGCUUCUUUGGUUCAGUUCAAUAUAUAUUUAUAAAGUGUGUCCUAUGUGCCAGUCACUGUUUUAGUUAUAGAUGUGAACCUGGAAAUUUUUCACUAGGGAUUUUUAUGCUUGCAUUGUGAAUUUCCUUCACAUUUUUUAUAACAAUAUCUUAAUUUUUCCCCCUAAAUCAUGAAUCAAACUUAAAUACUUUCCCUAAGUUUUUCUUGAGUUAGAGUAGGAGUUGUUAUACAGAUUUAUGGUUCUUGAUACUCAGUCAUAAUAAUUAAUUUUAGCCUGUUUCUUAUUUUUCAAAUUAAACAUAUCAUAGCCUGUUAGUACAAAUUAACCAAUGAUACUCUGAGUCAAAAGUAAAGAAAUUUGAUGUUUUAUUUAAGCUGGUGAGUCUAAAAUUUGAUAUGCGAUUUCUUUUAGACUUUUAAAAAUAUUGUUAAGAGUUAAACCCUGCAUCUUUAAGAUUUUGUAAGAGUCAGACGUUACAGGGACUUCUUUACAGUAAAAUCUCGAUUAACCUGAACUUAAUUGAUUCAGUGCCUUAGUUAAGAAUUUAAAAAUAUGUUUGUAGAAGGGAAGAGGCAAUACUUGGCUCUUAAGAUCAUCAUAAAUCACUGGAAAAUCUAGACUCAGGAUUUUGGUAAACAAAAAAAUAUCAAAGAUAAGGCAGGGUGAACACACAUAUGUGGCAAUGUACUAUACUGUCCAUCCACCCGUCAGUCUAUCUGCCCACCCAUCUGUCCAUUUAUCCACUCAUGCAUCUAUCUUCCCAUUCAUACAUACAUCCGCCCAUCCAUCCAUUCACAUAUCUAAGGUGCAGUGCGGUGAACGUUCUUAUCAAAUUUAGACUUUGAGAUACUACUUAUUAAAGAAUUCUGCAUUUUUAUACUAAAAUGCAAGAAUUUCUGUUUUUCUUUUUUAACAUAAAUAACACACACAAAAUAGAUUCCCAGUUAAGUCUUAGAAAACUAGAAAAACAAUUAAUUUAUCUACUGAUUGCCUACUGUAUUUAGAUUCCACCAAGAAUAUAAAGGUUGUAAAAUGAGUUCCAUCUCUCAAGGAGAUUAUAAAUUUAAUUGGGAAGACAAGGGCUACAUAAUAGGUGAUCAUAUUAAUUUGGUGAGCUCAUCAAUGCCAUCAUUUCCUAUUCUCCAACGUUCUUCUGAAGAGAAAAUUCUUUACUCAGACAGGUUGACCCUAGAAAGGCAAAAGCUGACUGUAUGUCCUAUCAUCGAUGGGGAAGAACACCUUCGUUUGUUGAACUUUCAACACAAUUUUAUCACUCGGAUCCAAAAUAUUUCUAAUCUACAGAGGUUAAUAUUCUUGGAUUUAUAUGAUAACCAGAUUGAAGAAAUUAGUGGGCUUUCUACUCUGAGAUCCCUCCGUGUCCUUCUGUUGGGGAAAAACAGAAUCAAAAAAAUCUCAAAUCUGGAAAAUCUAAAAAGCUUAGAUGUCUUGGACCUUCAUGGAAAUCAGAUUACCAAAAUCGAAAACGUCAAUCAUCUGUGUGAUUUGAGAGUUUUAAAUCUUGCCAGAAACCUUUUAAGUCAUGUCGAUAAUCUCAAUGGGCUGGAUUCACUAACUGAACUUAACCUGCGCCACAAUCAAAUCACUUUUGUGAGAGAUGUGGAUAAUUUGCCCUGCCUCCAACGUCUGUUUCUCAGCUUCAACAAUAUAUCUAGUUUUGACAAUGUUUCCUGCCUUGCUGACUCUACUUCCCUCUCAGACAUCACCUUUGAUGGCAAUCCAAUAGCUCAAGAGUCAUGGUACAAACACACAAUCCUUCAGAAUAUGAUGCAGCUGCGCCAGCUAGAUAUGAAGAGAAUCACAGAAGAAGAAAGGCGUAUGGCAUCUAUUUUAGCCAAGAAAGAGGAAGAGAAGAAGCGGGAAAAUCAGAAACAAUCUUUACUUAAGGAGAAGAAAAGAUUAACAAUUAACAAUGUAGCUCGAAAGUGGGACUUGCAACAACGAGUAGCCAAUAUUGUCACAGCUCAAGAUAGAAAAGAUUCUGACUCUCCUUCUCAGGACCCCUGUCAGAUUGAUGGAAGCCACAUCUCUGCGUCACCAGAGGAAACAGGGUCUCUAGACUCAGGACUCACCAGUGCUUUACAAGGUUUAUCUGUCAUAGACUCACACCUUGUUGAGCUGGAUGGGGAUACACUUUCCCUGUAUGGCUCAGGAGCACUGGAAUCUCUGGAUCGGAACUGGAGUGCUCAAACGGCGGGAAUGGUCACAACAGUCUCCUUCACUUUCAUAGAAUUUGAUGAAAUCGUCCAAGUGCUUCCCAAAUUGAAGAUUAAGUUUCCUAAUUCUCUGCACCUUAAAUUCAGAGAAACAAAUCUUGUAAUGCUGCAGCAAUUUAAUGCACUAGCACAACUCCGUCGUAUUGACCAGUUGACAAUCGAUCCUCAAGGAAAUCCAGUUGUCAAUUUCACACUCUGGAAAUACUAUGUGCUGUUUAGGCUGAGCCAUUUUAGUAUGCAGAAAAUAAAUGGAACAGAGGUGACGCAGAAUGAUAUGAUAAUGGCUGAAAGGCUCUUUGGAAUCCUAGCACAUGUAGCAUCUUCUGAGUUACCCCAGUACCGUCUGAUUUCAAUUCUGGGUGAUGCCAGGAAAAAGCAGUUCCGGUAUCUGCUAGAAACCAAAGGAAAAAAACCUGGUAUUGUCAAUGAAGAAAAUAACGAUAGUAAAAGACUUAUAGGAGAAAACACAAAUCGUGCUACAUUAAAUUAUACCACAAGAGACUUUUAUAAUGAAAGGCUAGAGGAAAUAAAGGAAAAAAAGAAGUUCUGCAAGAUGUAUAUAGAGGACCUUGUGAAGGAAGCCACAGAAAUCAACAUGAAAAAUGAGGCUUUGCAGAAGCUUUGGCCACAGAUGUUCAUUGAGCUUGUUAGGGAUGCAGUCAUAGAAAUCCGCAAUAAAAAUUCCUAUAUGAAGCUGUGCCUACAGCAGAUAACUGACCAAAAAUAAAAAUGGCUUUUAGUUACAGUUGAUUUUGGCAGUUUUAUUUUCUGAAGGCUGAAAAUAUGCAGGUUAUACAUGUUAAAACAACAAUACUAUCCUACAAACUAGAAAGACUAGCAUCAAAGCAUCAUUGCCUACUGUUCUCAUAAAGAUUAAAAAGGAAAGCAGGAGAGGCAGGAUUAAUAUUCUCUAUAUAAUGACCAAACAACCCUUUGAAACUAAGCAGUUUUCAGAGAUGGCGUGGCGCUGCAUCUUCGGUUGUUGCAUUGAUUGGUGCCCUGCUGUAGCCCAAAGCACAUAGCAUUUGCCGAUGAUUCAGUACGAGCUGCUUCUACCUACUGUUCAGCUGAUAAUUUCAGUUAUUUGCCUUUUUAUUGUAUGUCAUGAUUUAAAAGCCAAAAAUAUGUUCUUUUUUUAUGGAUGAAGAAUAAACUUAUCAAUAAAUUAGUAAAAA